CAACACUAGCGGAUCCGCAUCUUUACUGACCUGUCAACUGAAAAGUGUGGCUUGGGGAAGGGAAAGAGACCGCGGAGAAGAAACGCGGGGAACUCCAGGUAACCACUCACCUCAGAACUGACAAGGCUCGUGGCAUUUCUGUUCGUAUCUUUACACAGGUCGAGUUGUUCUUGAUAUCGGUGCUACCACAUCAUCACAAGUAAUCCGCGUUACCAAAUCUCUGCUGGACAUAUUGUGAUGGCGCUCUCCAGUGAAGCAGUCGCUCAAGUCAAGUCGGCCUUCCAGGCGGCCUGUGAUGACACAGAUAAAGGUGUACCGGGUCUCGUUGGGAUAGCAGUUGGCAAAGAUGGCCAGGAGCUGUUUGCUCACGCUGCCGGCAAGCGUGGUUUUGGUUCCAAGGAGCCGAUGACCCUUGACAAUAUCUUUUGGAUCGCCUCUUGCACGAAAAUGAUCACCGGUGUGGCUUGUAUGCAGUUAGUAGAGCAAGGCAAAUUGUCGCUGGACGAUGCGGAACAGGUUGCAAAGCUGUGUCCAGAGAUCAAGAAUCCAAGCAUUUUACAGCCUGACGGAACUCUGCAACCAGCAAAGAAGCGCAUCACCCUGAGAAUGCUGCUUUCCCAUACAGCCGGCUUUGGCUACACCUUCUUCCACCAGGGUCUCCGCGACUACAGCAAACCUGUUGGAUAUGAUGAGUUUUCAGGACAUUUGAAGGAUAUGGUGCAACCUCUAGUGCAUGAGCCCGGAGAAGGUUGGCAAUAUGGGCUCAAUAUUGACUGGGCUGGGUUCUGUGUCGAACGUACCACAAAUAUGACAUUGAACGAAUACUUUCAACGCCACAUAUUUCAGCCUCUCAAUAUCAAGAAUAUUUCCAUGUUUCCCAACAAUGAGAUGAAGACGAAGCUCGCGUACAUGAAUGCUCGUACUCUUGAUGGCCAACUACAUCCACGAGAUCAUCUUCUACACGCUCCUUUGGUUGUAGAGACCGAGCAAGAAAUGGCAGCAUGCGUCAACAGCGGAGGGGCAGGUGCGUUCGCCUCGCCGCGGGAAUACUGCCAGAUCCUUGCCACUUUACUCAACGAUGGAACUUCGCCAAACACGGGCGCCAGGAUUCUGAAAAAGGAAACGGUCGAUAUGAUGUUCGAUAACCAGAUUCCAGACUUCCCCAACUUUGGAAAACAGGGCAUUCCUGAUGCAAAGAGUGACUUGACCAAUGCUAUACCAGACCUAUAUCCAGGAUCCCAGCAGGGCUGGGGACUUACUUUCAUGCUAAGCGACGGACCGACUGGAAGAUCAUCCGGUACAGGGCAUUGGGCAGGGCUGCCGAAUUUGUACUGGUGGUGCGAUCGUGCGCAAGGUGUUGCGGGGAUGAUAUGCUCCCAGAUCCUGCCCUUUGCGGACCCUAAAGUGCUUGGGCUCUGGGUUGAACUAGAAUCUGGAGUGUAUAGUGGCUUGGGCAAGAAAAGCUAGGUGGGAGUCAACUGUGCUCUCGGAACGUGGCACACCGAACAUAAGUUCAACACAGGACACAGGUAAGUUAUGUUUGCAAGGAAGGAAUUAGUCUUUCAGAUCUUCGUAGUGAUGAUAAUCUUGCUUCAACCUGGCAGAUAUGUUCCCCGUGUCGAUCCUUGUCCGGCUGGUUUGAGUCUAGACCCGUCGAUCGGGUGCACAGCUGUAGAUGUGGAAGAAACAGGAUCACAAUUCAGCAGGGUAGUAAUGCUAGCCAAGUUAGGUCAAGAUGGUUGGGCUGCAUGCAAUUCCCCUCGAUACCCCGCAGCAAGAGCGGCAG